AUGGUAAAUUCUCUCCUCAGGUCAAAUCUGAGCCUAUUCAAAAUACGGUCACGUAAACAACCACGAGGCCAACAGAGCAUUGAUCACACUAAAUAUUCAGUCACCCAACAUAAUCGUGGCCAAGAGAGAGAUUUGUCCCGAUAUCGGAAUGGAGAUGCCUGGAGAUGCCUCUAUUUUAUGUUUGCAAGGGAUGUUUUGGGUUUUGGCGAAAUAGCCGAGUUGUUAGUUGACUGGGGUGGAAAAUCUGUGGUACUGAGCUGUGCCUAUUUGCUACGCAUGGAAACUCGAAAGCAGCUAAGAGGUGUCAGGGAACUCCUAUUGGGAGCUGUAAGCAAAGGAUAUCUUGGAAUAGUCCAAAUGUCCCUUGUUUCCGAUGGUAUUAACAAAGAAUCUCCUCUACCAUUUGCCAUGUUUUGGCUGCUAAUGGAAUGGGGUGCAAAUUCGUGCAUACUUGAAGUCGCUGCCGAAGCUUCAAGAAGAGCUACGGCUGCUGGGAUGGAGUCUAUGCUGGCAUCUUUGCGCAGUUCUAUUCCCUCAAGUCAAGCCUGGGGGACGUAG